AUGCCUCAACCCAACAAAAUCUUUGCUCUUCCUCUCUUAUCUCCAAUGGCACCCGUGGUUUCAGAGCAAAGCCUCAUCAACUCCACCACCCCUUCCACAUUUUUAUCAAAGCAGAUUCUUGCAACCCUCUCCCAACGUCUAGGAAUUUUGGUGCUCAUACUUGUGACAUCCCUUGAAGCCUUGUUUCUUCUCCAAAAAAGGCCACCCAUUUUCCACUUCAUCAACCUCUCUUGCUUUACCAUCUUCUUUGUCAUCAAGCCUUACCUCUCCAAAAAGACUCAUAAAGUCUACUUGGUAGACUUCUCAUGUCUAAAACCACCAAGCUCCUGCAAAGUCCCCUUCUCCAAGUUCCUCAAGAACACCUCCCAGAUUGAAGGUUUCAACAGUGAAAGCGUAGCCUUCAUGGCCAACAUCCUCGCUUCUUCGGGUCAAAGCCAAGAGACAUAUCUCCCUCCAGCCUUGCACCACAUUCCUCCCAAAACCCACCACAAUGAAUACAUCAAAGAAGUCCAUAUGGUCCUCUUUCCCAUCAUGGAUGACCUUUUAGCCAAAACCAAGCUCUCCCCUCAUGACAUUGACAUCUUAGUAGUAAACUGCAGCGGCUUCAAUCCCAUUCCUUCACUGACCUCCAUUGUUAUUAACCACUACUCCAUGAAAACUGACACCAAGAGCUUCAACCUCUCCGGAAUGGGCUGCAGUGCAGGCGCUUUGGGCAUUGAUCUGGCCCAAAACCUCCUUCAAAUUCACAAAAACUCAAACGCCGUCGUUCUUAGCACAGAGAUUCUCUCAACAGGUUGGUACGCCGGCCACGAAAAGCCCAAGCUCAUCCUCAACUGCCUCUUCAGAAUGGGCAGCGCCGCCAUAUUGCUCACAAACAAAAACCAAACAUCCACAUGUCCAAAGUACGAGCUCUUCAGAACUCUCCGAACACAGAAAGCCUACGACGACAGAGCUUACCUCUCCACCAUUCGUGAAGAAGAUUCCGAAGGAAAACUCGGGGUCACCAUCAAACGUGAUCUGCUACAAGUCGCCGGCGAGACGCUCCGGGCAAACAUCACCAUUUUGGGGGCAUCGAUCCUCCCAUUGUCAGAGAAAUUCUGGCACGGCGUCUCGAUAAUCAGGAAGAGAUUCUUGAACAAGUCUGCGGAGAUUUACGUUCCGAAUUUCAAGAGUGUGAUAGAGCACUUUUGUCUGCCGGCUUCCGGGAGACCGGUGAUCAGGGAAAUCGGAAAAGGGUUGAAGCUUGGAGAUAGAGAAAUGGAGGCUGCUAUGAUGACGUUGCACAGGUUUGGGAACCAGUCGGCUUCUGCGCUGUGGUAUGAAUUGGCAUACUUGGAGGGAAAAGAGAGAGUGAAGAAAGGUGACAAGGUUUGGCAGCUGGGGAUGGGAACUGGGCCAAAGUGUACGAGUUUGGUUUGGAAGUGUAUAAGGCACAUUGAGGGUGAGUCCAAGAAAGGCCCGUGGGCCGAUUGCAUUCAUCGAUAUCCAAUUGGAGCCCAUGAUUAA